GGUGGUCAGUCUUGCAGCACGUCGCCAGUGUCGGGCGCCGCCGAUGUCACGUCGCGGCAGCCCUGCGGCACGCGCUCCCGUAUCGCAGAUUGUAGCGAUAUGAUAAUAUCAUAUAUUACUAUCGCGGAGGCUGAUAUUUACUCAUCGAUAUAUUUCCGCUCUGCACCGACUCGCGCGUCGAUUAUCUUUUUCUUUUUUAUAUAAAUAAAGUACGCGCACGUGAUUAAAUACAAUACUUACCCGUGUUUGAUAUAAAAUUAUUGGUAGCCAGUAUUGUAAUAAUUUAGAGUUUAGUUUAAGUAAAGAAAUAGCCAAUUUCUAAUUUUUAAUUUGCAAAGUUAAAUUCUCUAUUGGAACAGGAGUAAUGUUGAUGGUGACGUAAAGUUCCUUGCACCCUUCAGUGUACCUGCGACUGGCUGACAGCUUGGAACAUGGUUGCUCCACUGGGCGCAUGCGCGGCGGGCGCGGGGGUGGGGGCGGCGGGCGGCACGCUCGCAGCCGCGCUGCAGUUCUUCGCGGCCGCACAGUGCGUGCUGCGGGAGCCCUGGCCUGCCGCCGCCGCUGUACGCAACACAUCGUGCUUCGACUUCGUGGUGGUGGGCGGCGGCACGGCGGGCGCGGCGCUGGCGGGGCGGCUGGCGGAGCGCCCCGACUUCCGAGUGCUGCUGCUGGAGGCCGGGCCUGACCCGCCGCAGGAGAGCAUCAUACCGGGAUUCUCGAAAUCUAUAAUGGGCACUAGCUACGAUUGGAACUUCAGGACGUCAAACGAUGGCGUGUCGAGUCAGGCGCUGGUGGAGGGCGCGCAGACGCAGCCGCGCGGGCGCAUGCUCGGCGGCAGCGGCUCGCUCAACGACAUGGUUUACGCGCGCGGCUUUCCCGCCGACUACGACGACUGGGCCGAGACCCUCGGCGACAACGACUGGAAGUGGGACAACGUGCUCCCCUACUUCAUGAAGACCGAACAUCUGACCGACGAGAGGAUUGUCAACGAUCCUGAGCUGAUGAAGCUGCACGGGCGCGGUGGCGACAUCGAGGUCGCCGGCCUCAACGAGUCCACCUUCGAGACUGACAUGUUUCUGAAAGCGUUCCAAGAGCUCGGGUUUGAGUUGGUAAAGGAUAUGACGUCACCGGCGAAGAUCGGCGCCGGGCGACACUCGCACACCAUCCGAGAGGGACGCCGGGACAGCACGCUCACUGCGAUACUCAACAAAGCAGCUUCGAAGGACAACUUAUUUGUGCUCAAAAAUGCUUUUGUAACCAAAAUAUUGAUGUCAAACAAAACCGCGUAUGGCGUGAAAGCCAAGCUGGGGGAAAAGGAAUUCCACUUCUACGCCGGCAAGGAAGUUAUCGUGUCCGCGGGGACCUUCAACACUCCAAAAUUGCUUAUGCUGUCGGGAAUAGGGCCGAGGGAACACCUUGAGAAACUGAACAUAAAAGUAGUGGCAGACUUGCCGGUGGGGGACAACCUGCACGACCACGUGAUGGUGCUGACCCACGUGGCGGCCGACAACGGCACUUGUUACGCCGGCGAGGCGCGCCCCUACAUGGACAUGAUCCGCUACCUGUACGACCGCGGCGGGCCGCUCUCCUUGGUCAACACCAUGGCCGCCUACAAGGCUCUGAACGCCUCCACCGAACAGAACGUCCCCGACUUCGCCUACUAUCCGUCCUGCAUGCCGAUUGGCACUAACUUUUACAGUGGCUGCUUGAACCUCCUGAGGUUCAACGAGAACGUCUGCUCGGCUCUGCAGAAGUUGCUCAAGGAGCAGGAGGUGCUGACCGUCGCCACCGUGCUGCUGAAGCCCAAGUCUCGCGGCACCGUCAGGUUGCGCUCCGCCGAUCCUCACGACACGCCUAUUAUCCUUUCGGGGACGUUCAGUGACGCCAGCGACCUAGACGGAUACCCUGAGGCCAUCAACGUGACGAACAAUAUAGUGAAUACGGAAUAUUUUAAGAGGAAGAACGCGCGCGUUGUGAAUUUCGAUAUCGAGGGAUGUAAGGGUAAAGAGGGCGACGAGGCGGUCCGGUGCCGCGCGCGGGCGCUGGCGAUGUCGGCGUGGCACGCGGCGGGCACGGCCGCCAUGGGCCGCGUGGCCGACGCGCGGCUGCGCGUUCGCGGCGUGGCGGCGCUGCGCGUCGUGGACGCCAGCGUCAUGCCGCGCGUCGUGCGCGGGAACACCAACGCGCCCGUCGUCAUGAUCGCCGAGAAGGCCGCCACAUACAUCAAGGCUGACUAUAGCCGGUCAUGACGCCAUGGCCGCGACACUACCACAACAUACCCUACCUAAGUUUAAGAAUAGAAUUAAGUGACUCACAAGUCAGACAGACUGAUACAACGUGUACAAAAGA